CAGAUUCUUCUUCCUUACCAUCUUUGAUCUUCAUCAUCUUUCUCAGCAUUAGCACUGAUAGAUAGUCAUGGCAAUUCGAUUUCCCAGUAUUUUGCAUGCUAAGCACAUUCUCCGCCGAUCAAACUCAUUUAUAAAGCAAGCGGCUUCAACAUCUUUAGAUGUUCCAAAAGGCCAUUUUGCAGUAUAUGUUGGAGAGAGUGAAAAGAAGAGAUUUUUGGUUCCUGUAUCAUUCUUGAACCAGCCUUCAUUCCAAGAACUGUUAAACAAGGCUGAGGAAGAAUUUGGCUUCAAUCAUCCAAUGGGUGGUCUCACCAUUCCCUGCAGCGAAGACAUCUUCGUUGAUCUCACUUGUCGCUUACGUGAACUAUGAUGAGUGGCGACGGCACUAAAAUAGAAUAGCAGAGACAAUUUUGUAAAUUUACAUAUCAGGCUGAAGAAAAUAUUACAGAUUGUAUUGCAGUUUCAAAAAACUUCAAUGCAUGGGACUAUAUAUUUUGUCUGUGUUCUUAAUCAUAGAUCUCCAAGUGUUAUUCUUUUUGUUAAGGCUCAAAUCAGUGCCAAUCAUAGGCCGUAGCAUUCCAACAUUAUAA